GUACUGAUAGAGGCACUGCCUGACUCUUUGGUGCGUUGUGGUAGGUAGUGAUAGUGAUUGUUCUGACUACAGAUUAGUCUGCUUUGUCCCAAACCUUUGCUCCUCCCUACUAGGGCAGCUGUCAGACUCCUCUGGCAGUGCUCUGGUCUGAUUGGAUGGUUCCUCUGUGCCCCAGCUGCUGAUUGGUCUGUCCGAAUACGUCGAUAUAACCUCACCGUCUGCCCCAGCAACACCCCGACAACCACCAAUACAGACAGUUAGUACCAGAGCACCCAGACCUAGUUAGAGCCAGCCAGCCAGAUCCAAACAGAGAAACCUGAACCUCAAACAGCCACGUUCCUUCUGCAGAAUCCCCAGUCUUCCUUUCACACUGUGGCCCAGGGCAGGGGUGGAUUUAGCCUGGGGAGGAGGGUGGCUAUUGGACUUGUAUUUCCUGUGUGUGUAUCGCUCACUUGUGUCAAUCUCUCUCUGCAGGGGGCCAGGAUGGUGGUGUCCUCACGCUCCUUCGCUGACUUCACCCCACAGGCCAGCUUUGACAUCAAGGUGAGUCGACAUACACUUUUACUGCACCCUGCUUAACAAGCCCUAGAUAUGACAAGGGAACUUCCUUCUUCAAACUGUUAUCUGAUUGGUUGGUUGAGCUGUCUGUCUCCUUUUUUUUUUUUUUAAAUUUUAGUCAUUUUUAGCAGACGCUCUUAUCCAGAGCGACUUACAGGAGCUAUCAGGGUUAAGUGCCUUGCUCAAGGGCACAUCGACAGAUUUUUCACCUAGUCGGCUCGGGGAUUAGAACCAGCGACCUUUCGGUUACUGGCACAACGCUCUUAACCACUAAGCUACCUCCCUUCCCUGUACUUUCCAAUAGAAGUGUGAGCUGCACCGUCUGGUGGAGGGCCCCUCUGUGACGGCGGUGUUGACAAGAGAACAGGGCCUCCAGUACUACAGGACCAUGCAGACCAUGAGACGCAUGGAGCUGAAGGCUGACCAGCUUUACAAGCAGAAGAUCAUCAGAGGCUUCUGCCACCUUUAUGACGGACAGGUCACAACACACACAAAACAAACACACACAUUAGAUGAGCAUAUAAACACAGUCUCAGGGACACAAGAACAUACACACGCUCCCCUCCUCUCUCCUAGCUGCUGUUGGUUGUGUUGCAGGAGGCGUGUGCGAUGGGCAUCGAGGCAGGCAUCAACCCAACAGACCACCUGAUAACGGCGUACCGGGCCCAUGGCUACACCUUCACAAGGGGCGUGUCUGUAAGAGAGAUCUUGGCUGAACUCACAGGUGGGAUACACCUAGACACUAAUCUAAGGUCAGAUGUCUAUUUCCCCCUAAUGGUUACAGUCAGGAUGUAAGGAAGAUGAACUGAUCUUAGAUCUCUGCAACUUCUACCUGAAAUAGAUCUCUAAUCUCUUUCUCUGUUCAUUUUCUCUUCCUCUUCCCCCCCCCCCUCUCUCUCUCUCUCUCUUUGUCUGUCUCUCUUUCUCUCAAUCUCUCUCUCUCUCUCUCUCACACUCUCUUCCUCUCACUCUCUCUCUCUCUCUCACACGCUUUGUCUCUCUCUCUCUCAUUCUUUCUGUCUCUCUCUCGCUCUCUCUCUCGUGAUCUCUUUCUCUCACUCUCUCUCCCCUUCUCUCAGGUCGUAGAGGGGGUGUGGCCAAGGGUAAAGGUGGUUCUAUGCACAUGUACGCUAAACACUUCUAUGGAGGGAACGGAAUCGUGGGGGCUCAGGUAACUAUCUGAACAGGUCACUUACUCAUGCACACGCACGCACACGCACACACACACACAAACCAAUGCAUUCUCACUGUGUGUUUCUGUGUGUCUACAGGUUCCAUUGGGGGCAGGUGUGGCCCUAGCCUGUCAGUACCAAGGAAACAACCAGGUGUGCGUGGCGCUGUACGGAGACGGAGCAGCCAACCAGGUGAGAUCUAUCUAACGGUUACAAUUAAGUUAUUCAAUCAUCAUCAUCAUCAACAUCAUCUAUUCUCUUGUCCAAUCAGGGCCAGAUCUUUGAGUCGUUCAACAUGGCGGCUCUGUGGAAGCUGCCGUGUAUCUUCAUCUGUGAGAACAACAAGUUCGGCAUGGGGACGUCUGUAGAGAGGUCCUCCGCUAGCACUGAGUACUUCAAGAGAGGAGACUAUAUACCUGGAAUCAAGGUAGGACACACACACACAGUCAGUGAGUGUAUCUUUGCUAUAUUAACCCCUAUGUCCCUGUGGUGUAGGUGGAUGGCAUGGACGUGCUGUGUGUGAGGGAGGCCAUCAAGUUCGCUGCAGACCACUGCAGAGCUGGGAAGGUGAGUUCUGAUUUGUGCAAAGAUUAAAAAGUAACUGGUUUAAGAGCAUGAAGAGUGUUAAGAAUCACUUUGUCUCAGACAGUCUAAUGUCAGAGGGCUGAUCAGUUUGUACUAUCACACCAGUGUCUCUUGCUUGACAGAGGGAGGCUCAGUGACCAGUAGAAUAAAGACACUCUGUGGAAGAGACUACAGGACAGAACUGUAACUGGUCCCAGUUUAACCAACUCAAAUGUCUUUGCUAGCAAACGAGACGCGGUUUCCAAAACUGCAAGGCACAGACCAUAUGUCAGUUCUAUAUCUUUGCUGCAAGGUGUCUCCAGUAAUGUUAACUUUUUUAUGUUUUAUGAAGUCUCCACUUUCCAAGCGUGUAGAAUUCCCUGAUCAGGUCAUUCAGCAGUGUCAUAGCAACGUUGGCUAGCUUUUUGAGUCUCCUGGCUUUGAAACCUCUCUGCCAGGGUCCUAUUGUGAUGGAGCUGGAGACCUAUCGUUACCAUGGACACAGCAUGAGCGACCCCGGGGUUAGGUGAGAUGUGAUCUCUGACUCCUGACCCUGUGACCCUGUGACCGUCACCUGACCCCCGGUCUCGCUCCGCCCCCUCACUCCUCACCACACCUCUCUCUCCCUCUCACUCUUUCUCUCUCUCUUGCCCUCCACCUUGUGUAGCCACUCUACAUCACUCUCCAAUUUAGCCUGUCCUCUAGGCUCACCCAGUGUAGUAUAGUGUUGGUUUGGGACGUGCCAAAUAAUACUCUACCAUCGCUUCCUUUCUGGGGUGCGCAAGCUCUCUCUUGCUCUAUCGCUCUCUCUGUGUGUGUUUCUCUCUCUCUCUCAUCAACGAAGGGCUGGAGCCGAACCCUGCUAAUUAGGUCUAACUCCUCUUCUUCUUCUUGUGUGUGAUGUAACGUCCUGUAGCUACCGUUCACGUGAGGAAAUCCAGGAAGUGCGCAGUAAGAGUGACCCCAUAACCAUGCUGAAGGAGCGUAUGCUAUCCAACAACAUGGCUUCUGUGGAGGAGAUCAAGGUACUCACACACACACACACACACACACACACACACACACACACAUAGACACAAACACAUACAGACACACACACGCAGACACACACACACAUAGACACAAACACACAUAGACACAAACACAGGUGGUCCAAUUCACUUUUUCUUUCUUUAUUUUCUUCCUUCCCUCAUUAUUUCCCCUUUCUUUCUUUCUUUCUUUCUUUCUUUCUUUUCGUUCUUUCUUUCUUUCUUUCUUUCUUUCUUUCUUUCUUUCUUUCUUUCUUUCAUUUCUUUCUUUCUUUCUUUCUUUCUUUCUUUCUUUCUUUCUUUCUUUCUUUCUUUCUUUCCUCCUUCCUCCCUACCAUUAGGAGAUAGAUGUAGAGAUCAGGAAGGUAAUAGAGGACGCGGCCCAGUUCGCGAUCUCUGACCCUGAGCCGCCAUUGGACGAUCUCUGCAACCACAUCUUCGCCAACAAUCCACCCAUGGAGGUCCGUGGGACCAACCCCUGGGUCAAACUGAAGUCUGUCAGCUAGACACACACACCUGGACCAAACUACAGUCCAACAGCUACACAUCCCCUCCUACCCUCUGCAACACCAACCCCUGGGUGAAAGUCUACUCCUCCUCUCCUCCUUCUCC